CAUAUGUCGAUAAGUGUAUUGCCGAGUGUGGUUAAUAUUCGAGGAAGGAGGAGGCAAUGAGGUUUAUAUAACGUGCUUUCCUAGAAACCACAACCAUUAGCUAAGACCCUUCCUUGGUUAAACCGACACAAACUUUCCUAUUUCCUUCCAAUCUCUUAUUCUCUUAUUUCUUUCAACGCUCUUAGUCAUAUAAUUACUCAUGCUGUGAUCAUUCAUCCAGAAUGCCAAUGACGCACUCAGAUUCUACUAUAAGACCUCACAUGUGUAUUCCACCUCGGAACUACUAUCGUUUUCUAGUAGCAGUGGGUGUAGCUGCACUUGCAUAGCUGACCAGGACGCCCUACCAUAGCGGUCCAAGAUUGCUCUUCUAUAGUACACCCUGUAUCGAUCUCAUACCACAACAAUAUGCGUACCGAAGAAGAAACGCAGAAGCUUGUCAGUAUUGCUAGGCUCGAGGAUAAGCUUCAGCAGCCCGGAAACCAAUUGAACGCCUUGAGACUUCUACAAGCACUUACAGUAAAGGAAGUCUACGAAGCUAAGAGGCAAUUAGAAUUGGUCGAAGAAAGGUUCUGCAAGCUCCAGGAAGCCAAUGUCGCAGAAGGUGGUCGUAAUGAAGGCAUCGAAAAGCAACUAGACGAACUUCGAAAGGAUAAAGAAGGACUUCGUUCACUUAUAUCUGAAGCAGAUGCGACUACUCAGAAUACUAAAGACAGCCUUGAGAGCCUCCGCACAAAGGUUAGUGACGAAUAUUUUAAAUUGACCGCGGACAAUGCCAGGUUUGGGAAGGACAUCAAGACUUUGAACAAACAGAUUGAUCGCCAUCAAGAGCAACUAUCCACCGUCGAGAGUGCCCUUGAGGAUUUUCGUUCAAAGCUACCUAAGCCUCAGGAUAUCGCUACACUGAACGACACUCUAGCUCGCCUAGAACCCAUGGUGAAAUCCAUGUACGACAAGAUCGACAAAGUCUCUACGCUCACCCUCGAGGAAAAGGAGGCGUUGGCAGAGGCUAUCAGCAAUCAAGGCCGGGUCCGUAACUUUCUGGACACUUUCGUUCCUAAACAGGAGGACUUCUUCCAGUUUCUCGAGAAGCUCCACGAAGCGAAUUCCCAAGCGGUAUCGUCUGAAUCCUUCCUACAAGGAGCCGUAAACGAAGCCAGUUUCAACCAUCUCUCCAACCCCCCGUCAUCAGGACCACAACCACCCCUAAAAGCGGUCCAGAUGCUCGAGCAGUACAACCACUUUAGCAACUCAUACCGCAUCAAGCGCCCGAAGAGCGAGACCAAAUUCAUCAGACAGUAUCUCAAAAAGAUAGACCGCAAGGCCGCCUGGUAUAUCCAGAUGAAACUGCAGCAGGAAUACCCCGACCUAGUUGAACCACUUCAGCGCGCGGAGACGAGUAAUAAGAUGGCUGUGAUGAUUUUCGUUGAUAUUAGUAAGUUGCGUUGGGACCAUGUCAAGAUCAUAAUGCGUAGAAUUAAUGGAAAGGAGUUGUUUGGCCUCCUAGAGGCUGAGUAGGGGGUUUGGCACGUCUGUGUCGAGUAAAAGGUCCAGAACUGCGGCGAUGUAGUCAAGAUUUGCUAUAAGCUUAUCCAGAUGUAGCUGUGCUAUUCGGUCGAUCAUAGAUCUUAUAGUCAUUUAAAAACCCCUCACUGUCGUUAGUUAGCUACUAGAUAAUCGCCCUAGGAGUUAGAUGCCCAUGAUAGAAAAAAACAUUUGCACAAUUUUGUUUCUUACUACUUA